AUGAAGAAAGAGUUAUAAAUAAAAUGCCUUAACAAAGUUUUAGCAGAUUAUCUUAUAUUAUUUUUUAUUAAUGGCAUAGAUCGAUUUGACAUACCAGAAGGAUUACCAGCUGUCAUCACAACCUGUUUAGCUUUGGGAGCUAGAAGAAUGGCCAAGUAAGAAGCUAUUGAAAUGUGUGUUAAAGAAUUGGUACUCUUAUCAGAAUAAGAAGCAUCAUCAAUUGAAGGAACAUCCUAUCAUCCAGAGGGAAAGAUUGAUGUUUUAGACGCUAAAUUAGUUAAAGGAAAUGGCUUAGCUGAAAAUCUUACUAGAUUGUGCUAAUCUAUGGCAUUAUGCAAUGAAUCUAAAUUGUACUUCGAUAAAGGAAGAUUCUAAAGAAAUGGAUUACCAGCUGAAAUUGUAUUGAAAGCUAUGAUAAAUCUUUUAAUGGAAAACUAAUCAUAAACGCUCGAUAAUAAUAUAAUUAUAAGAUUGUUAGCGAAUUCACAAAGAGAGCCACCUUAGAAUUUACUAGGGAAAGAAAUGAAAGGAUUUAUUAGAUACAUGAUUUCAUCAAACAUAGGUGAAGUUGUCUCUAUUUUCACAUCUUCAGCCUUAGGUAUUCCUGAUGGAUUCAAUUCAAUCUAAUUAUUAUGGGUCAAUUUAGUCACUGAUGGUCUCCCUGCAACUGCAUUAUCAUUCAAUCCACCUGAUCCUGAUGUCAUGUAAAAACCACCAAGAAAACAUGAUGAACCAAUUAUUACUGAAUACGAAUUUGUUAGAUAAUGUGUUGUUGGAACUUAUGUUGGUUUGGCCACAGUCUUUGUCUUUGCUUAUGGACAUCCAGUUGUCACAUUUCAUCAAUUGAGAAAUUUGGCUGAGUGCCAUCAUCGGGAAGGAUUCAAAGUUAGCAACUUUGAAAAAUACGAUUUCUCUAAGGAUUCGUGCUUAUAUUUCUCUUGGGGCAUAUAAAAGGCUUCAACUUUAAGUCUUUCUGUUCUUGUUGUUAUCGAGAUGUUCAAUGCCUUGAAUGCUUUAUCUGAAAUAUAUUUUUUGUAUUAAACUCUUUCUAGGAUGGAUCAUUACUAAAAGUUUGAUUAUUUGCAAAUCCAUAAUUGA